GCGCGGUCGGGUGGCAUUAACCAAUUCGCUUCGUCCGCCACAGUCCGAAGAUGCAGCUCACCGCUUGGAUGCUUACGCUGGCCGCCGCCGUCGCCGCCCAGAGCAGCGGCUCGGGCUCGGGCACCGACGCUCCGAUCAACGAGGUCACGCUUGCUACCCAGCCCGGUAAAUGCAACACGUCCAAGGACUGCAAGACUGGCUUCCAGUGCGUCGCCGUCGAGUCCGAUAUGACCGGCGUCAAGAUGCUCCGGCAGUGCGUCAAGGGCGUGGUGUGCUCGGGUAACGUCGCUGGUGCGUGCCCCAGCUUCUCGAACUGGAAGCCCGAGAACUACCGCCUCGUCGAGCCUGUCUGCGCCUUUGCGCCUGCGCCGAACUGUAACUCGGCCAUCAACGCCCAGGGCCAGGUCGUCCAGGUCCGCCGCUCGCUCAAGGAAACCGCGACGGCCAAGCCCGGCAACGUCACGUGCUACCAGAUGACGUACCCGUCGGUCGAUGGCUCCGACCCUGUCAAGGUCAACGGUAUCUACCGCUGCGUCGACAAGAAGAUCUAUCUGAGCCAGUCGCUUGGCUCGACGUACACGCAGAAGCAGAUCACGUCGUGCGCUGGUAACGCGUCGACCUCUGGCGGCGUCUCGGUGAACCUUGGCCUUUGCAACGGCCACGGCUCGUGCGCCCCCACCAACAGCUUCAGCGCCGAGUACAAGUGCAUUUGCUCGACGGGCUACUCGAUCAACGACAACUGCUUCAACGCCACGGGCAACACGUGCGACACGUACGGCCAGUGCGGUCUUGGCAACUGCGAUAUCGCCACGGGUCUCUGCAAGUGCCCCGUCGGCUCGAUCGGCAACCAGUGCUCGCUCUGCGACCCCACGAUGAACAACAAGACGGAUGUCACGAUGUGCAACGGCAAGGGCUCGUGCGGUAUUGACGGCCAGUGCGUGUGCAACUCGGGCUACGCUGGUGCCAACUGCGCCACGAAGGUCAAGGUCAACUCGACGGGCAGCUCGUCGGGCUCGAAGACGGCUGCCCCGUCGGCCGCUGUCGCCACGCACGCCUCGAUCGCUCUCCUCGGCGCUGCCACGAUUGUCGCCGCCGCCAUGCUCUAAGCACUCUUGUAUAACAAGCUACGUUCUAUUGAACUCACUGGCCUUGCACCCGUGGCCACGUACAUUUUAGCAAAUAUCCAAUCUUG